AUGGCAGACAACUUCUUCAGCGGCUCAAUUUCUUCCGGCCACUUUGAAGCCUUAUCACAUCCCCACUUCUCUCUGGUUUCUCUGGAUUUGCACUCAAACAAGCUUCGAGGCGAGUUUCCCAACCUUGAAGGUCUAAGUCCUUCCAACAACAACUUGUCACUUUCAGGUUCAGACAGUUUCCCUGUGAACCAAUCCUCCUUGCAUACAUUGGAUCUUUCGGAUAACAUGAUUGCUGGGGAAAUUCCUAGUUGGAUCUGGGAAAUGGGAAACGGGUCACUUUUAGAUUUGAACCUUACUUGUAAUAUGUUGGUUGGUCUCCAAAAGCCUUAUCACAUCCCCACUUCCCUCAUGUAUCUAGACUUGCACUCCAACCAGCUUCGGGGCGAGUUUCCCUCAUUUUCGCUGCUAAAUGUAGCUAAUGUAGAUUUCUCAAAUAAUCAUUUUGAUCAGUUUGGAAUUCUUGACACUGGAAAUGACUCUGCUCCCUCUAGAUAUUUUGAAUUUUCACUCAGAAACAACAGCUUGUCUGGAUCAAUUCCAACCUUCUUUUGCACGGCUGCAACCUUUUUUGUUCUCGACUUGUCUGUUAAUCACCUGAGCGGUAGCAUUCCCCAUUGCCUAUUUGAAAACACCGUUAUACUCAAUCUAGGGAGAAAUAAUAUCAGUGUUUCGAUCCCAGAUAAAAUUCCUCCAAGUUGCCUUCAAAUGUCAUUAGAUUUGAGCGACAACAAUUUAGUAGGGGAUGUUCCACUUUCCUUGGCGAAUUGCAGCUCGUUAACAGUCUUGAACUUAUCCAACAACAAGCUAAGUGGAACAGUUCCAACCUCCCUUUGCAAAGCCUCACACCUUUUGAUUCUCGACUUGUCUGUCAAUAACUUAAAUGGCAAUAUACCACGCUGUCUAGUAGAGUCACAUCUUCUUGGCCUUAAUUUAGGGAGCAAUAACAUCACUGGUCGUCUCCCAAACUUCCCUGCCGGUUGUCACCUAAGAUACGUGGAUCUCAAAAACAACAAUUUAACCGGGGAAGUUCCUCACUCUCUGGAACAUUGUGCACAGUUAGAGUUCAUGAAUGUUGAAGGCAACCAUUUGAAUGGCACUUUCCCAUGCAUGCUUCCGUUGAACUUGCGCGUACUUGUGUUGCGCGCCAACAGAUUCCAUGGAGGGCUGAGACGUGACAAGAGCUGGUCAAAUCUUCAAAUAUUGACAAAGCUUACAAUAACUUCAGUGGCAAUGUGUCACGGAGACGUGGGUUUUAGAUUCCGGAAUAUCAGUAGUGCCACGGGGGGUGCGGACUACAACGAAAAGGUAUCACUAUCCAUCAAAGGGGCGGAGCGGAGUCUUGUCAAGAUUUGGCCAUACUUCACAUCCAUCGACUUAUCUUGCAAUAAUUUCCAAGGAGGCAUCCCUGACUCAAUCGGUGAGCUCAACGCACUUUAUCUUCUCAAUUUAUCCCACAAUACUCUCACAGGAACAAUCCCUAAGUCAUUGAGUAACUUGACGGGGCUUGGAGCGCUGGACCUCUCAGUCAACCAGUUAACCGGGAAGAUACCAAAGGAGAUUGCAGGGCUUACAUUCCUUCAGGUGAUGAAUGUAUCCCACAACAAGCUGGUCGGAGAGAUUCCAAUUGGCCCUCAAAUCCAAACAUUCCCCAUUGAUUGCUUUGAAGGAAACGUAGGUUUAUGUGGUCUCCCUCUCAGCAUUAGUUGCACAAAGGCUCAUGUUUCACCACCAAAUGUGAAAUCAGAUGAGGAGACAGAGAUUGAGUGGGAUUAUGUGUUUGCUACUGUUGGUUAUGUUGUGGGCUUCGGAAGCUUUCUAUGGGUGCUCAUAUUUCGCCGAAGCUUCAGAGAGAGAUACUUUGAGAAAAUUGAGGAUGUUUAUGAGAAGAUAGUCAACCUUCGGAAAAAGAAGAAGAGAAGGGAUGUAGGAAGAAGAGUUGUGAGAAAUCAAACCAGAAGAUAA